AUGGGAUUUGAUUUGCGUUUUAUUGGCCUUGUCAUUGCUACGGUUAGCUCGGUGAGGUAUAAAAUAAUUCAUGGUGGACAUGAGCUCGGCCCGAUUGUUCCUGAGAGGGGUAUUAGACAAGGUGAUCCUUCAUCACCUUACUUAUUUCUUAUUUUUGCUGAGGGCUUCUCAUCGUUAGUACGGAAGUUGGAGCGGGAUGGUAGGCUUAAGGGUUGCAAGGUUGCUAAUGGUGCUCCGGUCAUAUCUCAUAUGCUUUUUACGGAUGCUAGUUAUGUCUAUUGUCGUGCAAAUGAUAGAGAGGCUUCGCAUAUACUACAUCUGCUUCAGUUAUUUGAAAUCGCUUCUGGUCAACAAGUUAAUUUCAGUAAGUCCUCUGUCUUCUUGAGUACUAAUGUGCCUAAUGCUACUCGAGACCGGUUAUGUGGGAUCCUUAGAAUGAGACUUGCUGAUGAACAUAGUACUUAUCUUGGCUUCCCUUGUGUCAUGGGAAGAAAUAAGGAUGCUAUUUUGGGGUUUUUGAAAGAUAAGAUGCAGAAGCGCAUUCAAAGUUGGGAGGGUCAUUUCUUAUCUACUGCUGGGCGUGAAUAUUGGUGGAGUUCGAGUAGUAGGAAGGGUGUGAGCUGGUUUAGUUGGAGGAAACUUUGCAACAAUAAGAGCUCUGGUGGGAUGGGUUUUUGGAGUUUGCGUGAGUAUAAUCUGUCUUUGUUGGGAAAGCAAGGUUGGCGGUUACUUCUGCACCAGGAUUCCCUUGUGGGUCGGAUAUAUAAGGCUCGAUAUUUUCCUAACUGUUCUUUCUUGGAGGCCGAGUUGGGUGGCAAUCCGAGCUUUAUUUGGCCCAGUGUCUUAGAGUCACAAACGCUGCUUAGAGAUGGUGCUCGUAGGAGAAUUGGACCUGGUUCAUCAACUGAGCUCAUGAAGCCAGACAGUAGACAAUGGGAUUUGGAGCUUAUUGAGGACUUGUUUGAUUCCUGUGAUGUUGAGCUCAUCAAACAGACGGUCAAUGUUAGUUGGAAUUCAUCCAUGGAGGAUGAUGUCUGGAAAAUGAUGUGGAAGAUUAAAGCUCCUCCUAAGGACAAUAAGGGGUUGGUUGAAGAAGCUGUCAUGGUUGGAUGGGCAUUUUGGAAGGCUCGAAAUGAUAUGCUUUGGAAUGGUAAAUGUUGUAGUGCUGCUGAUGUUGUUUGGCUGACUCGUACUACUCUUCGACAAUGGACGUGUGCCCAGUCUAAGCAGCUGGACACGGGUUCCCUGGCUUCCAAUCGCACUGACACAAGAGAACACUGGUCCAAACCGGCAGCUGGACAGUUAAAAAUUAAUGUGGAUGGGGCAAUUUUUGAAGACACAAAUGAGAUCGGCACUGGUUUUGUAGCGCGCGACUUUGAUGGUCGAUUAAUUGAGGCGUUUUCCACUAUUUUUUCUGUCAGUUGCCGACCCGAGAUUGUAGAGAUUCUAUGUAAAGACCGCUUAGUUUAA